AUGGCGGAACUUGCUGUUCACAGAAUCCUUCUUUUGGUUAUUUCACUGACAAAGUGUCUGGAGGGUACAAAACUGCUGGCAGAACUUAAAAAAUGUGGUGACCUGGAAUGUGAAACUUUAAUAAGCAGAGUUGUAGCCAUGAGAGAUUACACAGGACCUGAUUGCCUAUUCCUGAACUUCACUAAGGGAGAAGAAAUAUCUGUUUAUGUUAAACUUGCAGGACAAAGAGAAGAUUUGUGGGCAGGAAGUAAAGGAAAGAACUUUGGGUUUUUUCCCAGAGAUGCAGUCCAGAUUGAAGAGGUAUUCAUAUCUGAAGAGGUUGAAAUAUCAACUAAAGAAUCUGACUUUCUUUGUCUCCUUGGAGUAAGUUACAUAUUUGAAAAUAAAGAUAGGGAGUUUAACAGUCACAGUGGUGAAAAUAUGUAUCCAUAUGAAGAAGAGCAAAAAUAUAGUAUAUAUGGAAGUGAUUUCCAGAUAGAAUCUGAAUUUUAUGCAAUUUCUGAAGGCCAAUUUCCCACAUCAGAGUCUUCUGAAGAUAUUAGAAAUGACUGGGAAGAAGCCAAAACUGGAAGUGUGAAACAGGAUCACGUUCCAGAAGUGGAUCAUAUCUCAUCACCCUUAACUGAAGUACAAGGAUGGUUUGGACUGAGAAAGGAACAUGGUGAAGAAAAGCCUCUUGAAUCAGUCAUUGAACCUGUGCAAGGAAGCUCAUUUCAAAGUAGAAAAAUAACAGUGGGAGAUGAAAAUAACCUAGAGGAAUUAAAUAAUGGUGAGCCCCGAACUGAACAUAAGCGAGAACCUGAAUCAGAAUUUGAUUCAGUACCAAAGGAACAGUUGGCACUAGCACUGGAGUCAGAGCAUGUACUCAAACCCCAAGCCAAUGGUUGGUUUGGUGGUGAAUUUACAAGUAAAUCUGACCACGAUAAUGAACAGGAAAUAAAAAUGAUAAAAACUAUGGAAACAGAGGAUCAAAUAGAUAAGGAAAAAGUCUUAGAGAAAACAGAUGAUUCUUACACCAUAGCAUAUUUUACAAAGUUAUUCUAUAAUUUUGAUAACCCUUGGAGCUUCCAGAACAUUCCAAAGGAAACAGAGUUGCCAUUUCCCAAACAGAUACUGGAUCAAAGUAAUAUGGUUGAAAAUAAUGAAAGAGAAGAAUUUUCUGGAGAAAAUGAUCCUAGAGAUAAUAUGAAAGAUCUCACAAUGUUGAAAAACAGAUAUUAUCAAUCAGAUAUGAUCGCUCAAAUAAAGUUACCUAUGAAAAUUCAUGAAGAAGUAUUUUUUGAAACCUCAUCCAAAAAUGAUGAAAAAUCAAAACCAUCAGUGGACUUUGAAGGAUCUGCUCAGGUGGAAAUAGACAGAUCCAUGGAAAAUCCCCUGUUAAACAGCCAGAUGGUUUUAACUGAUAGCUCUUUGUCUUCUCAAAAUUACAUUCCUCUAAAUGAAAAUGCUACUGAGUUUCAGAUUCUGAAAUACAUAUUUCAAAUUAAUGUUUAUGAGUUCAUGAAUUCUGCACUUUCACUGGUUAUAAUUCUUACAGAAAGGGUAAGUUGGCCUUUUAAAUCUUUCAAAAUAAUUUACUAUUUUACUAAAUAUUAG